AUGCGUAAUGUGAAAUUGAGUACAGCACGUGAUUUUCGUAUUAAUCAAGCUGCGGUGGCUGCACAUUUAGAACAAUCAGCUGCAUUAAGUGUUAGUAGUCUUAGUGAUCACAGUGAACCUGAAGACAAUGUCGUUGAGAAUCUAAACAACAACAACAACAACAACAACGGUGAUGAUGAUGAUGAAGUUGUGAUUGGUGAUAAUCAGAUUGAAGACGGCGGAGGAGAUGAGGCACAUACAAAUGAUGAUGAUGCGGAUGCUGAUGCUGAUGAUGACGACAAUGUUGACAAUGGAGAGAACUGUACAAGUCAAUAUCUAGAUGAUUAUGACAGUGAUGAUGAUGAUGAUGUUGGCGAUAAAGAAAAUCGAAAGGUGAAUGACAUCAGCACAACAUCUAGUAGUAGUAUAAUGCGCACAACUGUUGAUAUGCAUCAUGAAAAUUUGAAAAGUGAUUCAUCAAAUAACCUAUUGAAAUCACAUACUACUGUAACACCUGUUUGGAGUCGACAAGUUAAUCCAGUGUCACAACGUAAAUCAGCAAUGAAAAGAUCAUUACAAUCUAUCACUAAUAAGAAUAAUAAUCAGUCAAUUACAGAAGUGAAAGCAAAAAUGCCAAGGAAUUGAACAUUGAAUUUUCGUGAAAAUAUCAUUUAUCAAAAG